AUGGAGCAGCUCGACACGGAUCAAGUGACCAAGGCCGUGGUCGCGCUCAAGCAAUUCCUCAAGAAGAAGAAGGCGCAGACGUCCAAGCAGGCCCUCGUCGACGAAAACAACACGAUCCAGAUCAUUUUCACACGAGUUACCGUGCCUGUCAAGGAAUCCCUCAAGGCCAUUCCCAUCAAAUUGCCGCACAACAUCCGUGGUGAUGGCGAAGCGUGCUUGUUCGUGAAAGACUCGGACAAGGACCGCAUCAAGGCACAUCUCAAGGCCGACCCAGUCGCCGGGUUGGCGAAAGUCAUGCCGCUCAAGAAGCUCAAGAAGAACUUUUCACAAUUUAAAGACAAGCGCGAACUGAAGGCCGCGUACGGCGUCUUUCUCGUCGACGACCGUGUGCUGCCGUACGUCAAGUCGCUGUUGGGCAAAACGUUCUUCGACGCGAAGAAGCAGCCGACGACUGUCAACGUGACUGGGAAGAAGAACAUUAGCGACCACAUCCGCCGCGUUCUCGAUGGAACGGAGAUGUUCACGUCGCCUGGGCCGUGCUUCAACGUCAAGAUUGCCCACGACGGCAUGGACACGGAUCACAUUGUCGCCAACAUCGUCCAAGGCACCAAGAACAUCCUGGAGCAUGUCCCGAAAAAGUGGAAGAACAUCAAGUCGAUCAACAUCAAGACGUCGGACUCGGUGGCGCUACCCAUCUACAAUGCGCUCCCCAACUCGUCCAAGCUUCCGAUUGGGUCCAAGAAGCGAAAGGCUGAGGACUCCGACGCGCAACCUUCGAAGAAAGCCAAAGCUUCAGAAGCCAAGACCGCCGAGACCCCGGCGGUCUCAGUGGCCACCCCUGCUCCCAAAAACGUGACUGCUGACACGAAGGUGAUUGAGAAACCAGCGGGGAAGGCCGAUGUGACCAAGGCUAGCUCUGCGAAGAAGGUUUCCACCCCAGUGAAAGCGGUAGCGACUAAGGUGAGCCCUGCAAAGAAGGCGUCGAAGCCUGUGAAGGCGGAAACAGUAGUCAAAGCAAGCCCGAGCACGAAGAAGGCCACCCCAGUGAAGCCUAGUCCGGCGAAGAAGGAGGCAGCUCCCACGAAGGAAGCCCCCUUGAAGAAGGAAGCUGUCAAGUCAGUGAAAACGACGACCCCCCCGACAAAGAAGAGUCCUGCCAAGAAGGUCUCUGCCACAAAGAAAUAG